CAACGACCCAAGCAGUUAUGGAGCCAUGACCAUCCCCUAACUCCCUACCAAGUGUGGGCGGUGUACAGAAUGGCCCUCAGACAGCUAAACCUGUUCUUUGAAGGGAGACAACGCAGCAAUUCAUGCAGGAAAACAAGCGCGUGUACCCAAGAAAAGGAAACCCAGAGUCCCAUUUUCUGGGAAUGUCCGUGCGCGGUGGCAUGCUGGAAACGGCUAGCUAGACAUUGGGGUGGCGCUGACGUGACCGACAGCGGCCUCCUCGGGUACCGAGAGUACUGUGCAGCACGGCAAGCUCCCCCGAUCCCGGACUCACUGAAGAGGAGAGUGGCCCUCACGGCGGGGUCUUGCGCGGCCAAGCAUGAAGACACAUUGAAACGUCUUUGGAGAGUUUUAGCUACCGUUUGCAGCACAACGCAAUGGAUGGAGCGCAACAGGCUCAUCUUUGAAGGAGAACCAACAUCGGUAGAGCAAAGUUGCGUCGAGUUCCGGGUGACGGGAGUUCGUCAGUUGAAGGCAAUAGCAAGGAGGGACAAGAUGAGUCCACAAACGGUUGAACAAGGCAAGUUGAUGGAGGACUGUAUCGACAGUUUUCUAUUAAUCCUUGAACAACCAGGACAAGUACGGGUAAGCAGCAUGCAGCUACCAAGAGAAUCGCCAUUAGUGGUGAUGAUGAAAUCUUCUUUAGGAUUUUAA